UUUCUAGGUACUUGUUCCACCAUGGGCAGCCUUGCUGAAGCAAACACCAACUUCGCUGUGGACCUCUUAAAAAGGAUGGAAGAAGAGCAACCCAAGAACAUCUUUUUCUCUCCAUUUAGUAUCUCAGCAGCUUUAGCUAUGACCUCUUUGGGUGCCAAAGGUAACACUGCUGCUGAAAUGGAAAAGGUCCUUCAUUUUGAUAAAAUCACAGGAUCGAUGACGUCUCCAAGCUUGCCUGCUCAGUGUGACAAACCUGGUGGACCACACAACCAGUUCAAGGAACUCCUAUCAGCUAUUAACCAACCUACUAAAAACUAUACAUUGAGCAUAGCCAACCGGAUGUAUGGAUCAAACGUUUUUGAAUUUCUCCAG